AUACUUUUAAAAAGUACUGCAGUUUCUGAGAAGUUGAUCAUAAGACAGAUUAGGGAGGAAGAAAAAAAAUCCAGACCAGCAAUUUACAAAUCAGCUCCUCUAGGACAGAAGAUGUACUUAACAAACAAACUUUUUUCAAGACACAGAGACCCAGAUCAGACUUCUUCCAUGGCUGCGCUUGCUGGUCUCCACACAAUGAGAAAUAGAUACUUAAGGUUGCUGCCAUCCUCAGGACUCUUGCUGCUGUUUUUGCCAUUGGGAUUUGCAGCCCUGGAAACAAGAUCCUGUGCUUGGUGGUGCCCUCCAAAACCUCCAUGUAUCAAUGCCGAUAACUGCCGUUGCUUUCCAGGAUUUGGUUCUUCAUCUGAGGUGAUCUUCACUGGCCCCUUGGAGAGUUGUGAUGAUAUCAAAGAGUGUGGACCAUCCUGGAAUGUGUCCUCUGAAAUACAUAUAGACUGCCAGGACUUUAACGAGAGCUACUCCCUUUGCAAAAAAGGAAACAGUCUUCUUUCUCGUGAAAUGUUUGUGAAUGAGUGUAGAAGCAUGACUUCUGGACUAGAGGCACUGCUGAUUAUAACAUUGAAAACUGCAGCCGAAAAGCUUAAAGCCUCUGACCCCACAGAAUGUGCCCAGUGGUGCCCUCCAAACUCCAAAUGUGUCAAUGCUAACAUCUGACACUGCACUUUGGGGUUCA